CCUUGGUACGCUUGGCAUCCUCUCUGCUUCCUUGGGGAAGAUUUCUUCUGCAAGAUCAUAAAAGAAGACCUUUCCUUCUCCCCCCCUUUCUACUUUUGGCUUGGAGAGCUUGUGCCUUGGCACUCUUUGACACUUUCUUGGGGAAGGUUUCUCCUGGAAGAGUAAGAAAAAGGAACUGGUGGAGGAGAAUAAAGACCCUUCUUCCUUUUUUCUCUCCCCUCAUUUUGCUCUAGAGGAGGGAAGCUGCUAGGCUUGCCCCUCCUGGUGCUUUUUUGGCUUCCCUGGGGAAGAUUUUCCUGCAAGAGAAAUACCAAGAAGGAACAGAAGCUUGCCUUGGCAUUCUUUGGCACUGUCUUGGAGAAGAUUUCUUCUGGAAGAGGAAGAAAAGAGGGACUGGGGGAGAAGAAGAAAGAUCCGUCCCCUCUCUUUCCUCCCCCCAGUUUGCUCUGGAGAAGAGAAACUGCCAGGCUUGGCCCGCCUGGUGCCUUUUUGCCUUCCUUGGAAGAGAUUCUCCUGCAAGAGAAAUACAAAGAAGGAACAGGAAAGGGGCAUCACUCCUUCCCCUCCCUGGGUUUAGCAUGUGAGUGACUGAACCCAAGGACCUUGAUCCCAGCCUCUCUGCAACCCCCCUUUGGCUAUCAUUAGUCUCCCCUGAAACUCCCCAGAGUGUAUGCCAACAAAUCUAUGCGCUGCGCAUCAAUGUUCUGCCAGUAGCAGAUGAACAUGGACGCUGCUCCGGGCAUUUAUUCCAAAGGUCUGCUGAUUUGCUUCUGGGUACCACUGCUGCUUUCGAGAUGGUCAGGGGUCAGAGGCCAGACACCAGAGAUAAUACAAACUCCAGAGACGUUGUCGGUGUCUGCAGGAGAAGAGUUCACUCUGAAUUGCAUCCUGAAGGGGAUCGGAAGGCCAGGAGGGGUCCGGUGGUACAGGGGCCCCGACAGAAACCAACCGGCCAUUUAUACUCAAAAAGACUCCUCUUCUCGAGUGACGAGGCUUGUUCCUGAAUCCCCCACAGACUUCUCCAUCACCAUCAGUAACGUUCGACCUGAGGAUGCUGGGACCUAUUACUGUGUGAAAUACAAAAAGACAUCAGGAACAGAGGUGGAAGAAACCGCUGGGAAAGGCACCGUGGUUUCUGUGAUUGCUACACCUUCUCAGCCACUUAUCCAAGCACCCAUCAGCCGAGUGGAGGCGGGGGCCUCAGUGACUUUCAAUUGUACCUCCGACCGGUUCUCUCCCCGAGACAUUACAGUCACCUGGUUGAAGGACGCGAGGCCCAUCCAGCCCUUGCGGACCACUGUUCGCCCAGAAGGAGAGAGCAUCUCCUAUGAGGUUUGGAGCUCCGUGGAGGUGCAGCUCGCGAAAGAGGAUGCAAAGUCGCAGCUCAUCUGUCAGAUCGAACACAACACUUUGAGAAGUCCCUUGAAGCAGAGCUUUAGUCUUGGGGGUGUCCUCCGAGUUCCGCCUAACGUCCGAGUGGAAAUCGACCCGCCUCCUCCUGUCCACCUGAACCAUACUGUGACUGUCACCUGCAACGUGGAGAAUUUUUAUCCGAAUGACGUCAUCGUGGCCUGGCCUGAAAAUGACAAGAGUGAAACAGUAACUGAUGAAUCUCCGGUCCAGCAUUGGGAUGGAACGUUCUCUCUCAAGAGCUCUCUGGUGGUGAAGGCGACUGAAGAGAGGAAUCUGUCCAUAUUUACUUGCCUGGUCAGACAUAAUUCUCAGCCUCCAGUUAACAAAACAGCAACGUUGAUCAUCCGAUCCUAUACUGAAGGAAAUGAUAGUAACAAGUCCACUGAAGGUGAGAUGACCGUCUUCAUCAUCGUUGCGGUGGUUUGCCUGCUCCUUGUAGUGUUGGUGGUUUCAAUUAUCUACCUCGUCAUAGCAAGGCACCAGAAAGGGAAAGACCCUACAUCUGUAAGGCUACAUGAAGCUGAGAAGACUUCCGGAGCAACAAACCAAGAGCCUGAUCCCAACAACGUAACGUAUGCAGACUUGAACUUUGAGAAGGCCCCCGAGAAGAGCCCCCGCCAGGUGGUUGAAAUCAGCCAGCAGUCGGAAUAUGCCAGCAUCCAAGCUGCCAAGCCUCCUGCCAGCGACGAGAACGUCACCUAUGCAGACUUAGACAUGGUUCACCUAAGCAAAGCACCCAAGAGACCUGCCCCAAAGCCAGAGGAAACCAGCUCGGAGUAUGCCAGCGUGCAGGUACAGGGCAAGUGAUCUCUGGCGAUGGUCACUGGCUGUCCACUGGCUUCCCGGCCCUCUCCUGGGGCCAUCGGACGCCUCCUGGCUGGGCUUGGAUUCUUGGCCUUGGACUCAUGCUGGUUCUCAACAGAGGAGUGAUGGGAUUUGCCUGCCAAGGUGUGGUUCCUGCAACUUCUUUUGAGUGGAACUUAAUGUACGUAGCCAAGGUCAAGGAGGAAAACUAAUCGGUGCUACACACAACUGCAUCCUGGUAUUUGGGCUAGUUCAUGGUGCCUCUUCUCAUCCCCUGCUUUCUCGGUGGAGAGGAGAGGCCUAGACCAACUAAGGAUCUAACACAGCUUUUCUCACUGGAAUGGUAACUCUUCUUGUAGUUCAUCAACACACCGCACGGAGCCAGAGCUGCACGAUGGCAAGUGGUCACUUCAUUGGCAGGUGGGAUGUCAUCUUCAGCUCUUCCGGCUGGUAGCCUUCGCUCCCCUUCCUUUCAAGACAACUGUGUCCUCUCUGAUGCCACCAUCUUGAGACUCCUUCUCUGGAGCAAAGCCACACCAAUGGCCUCGGCUAGCUGUGUGGAGGAGAAAAAAACAACUGGGCACCAUCCCUCUGAAGAUACUUGAGCAGAGGUGGUGAUAACACGGGAGAAAGAAAUGGCCCUAUCCCAGGUUCUCCAGAGAGUGGAAGCCCGAUUUCUUGACCAAGAUCGUGUCUGUUUCACUUUAUAUUGCUGUAGUCCACAGAUAAGUUCUUUUCCUCCCCUUGACAGUAUGUCUGGGGACAGUGCCUCUUUGAGAUAUAGCAACUUGUUCCAGAUUAUUAUCUCCCCCCCCCCCCCAUCUUUUGCUGGCAAAGCCAAAUCUGUAGAACCUCUUUAGAUUUGUUGACCUCCUUACCCCUUUGUUUGUUUUAGUCUGUUUUCUUUUCAUUCAUCCGUAAGUGUUCCUAGUCUGGGGGGCCUUGUACACACAUCACAGCCUCUGUGAUAGGUUCACGCCUUAGAAAAUUAGGACCAUGUUGAGAAAUCAUGCCAGCUCCUAUAUCUUCCACUUUCCUCUUUGUUCACUUCUAACUCUCUCACAACUCUGGCUAAAUUGGGAAGCAACCUUAGCAACAAAAUCGAUUAUCUUCCCUUCCAUUUUCCUCUCCAUCGACGUCCUGACCCUCUCCCAAAUCUGGCUAAAUAGGGACACAACCUCAGUACUGAAAUCUAAGGUUUUCUCUUCGUUACAUUAUGGGCCGUCUCCCAAAUCUGUCAAAAUGAGGAAGCAACCUUAGCAGCACUAUUUAAGGUCUACAGUAUAUAAUUCCUCUGUAUGUGAGUGUGAGUGUGUACUUUUCUAAGAGGUAAUCCCCCCACUCCACCAACCAUCAUGCCAAGGCAGCUUGCAUGAUCAGAGAAGACCACAACCCAAAGCUAGUAGUAGUUCUCCAAUAUACCACAUCGACUCAUCCCUCUCCUCUAUAGUUGCUCCACAAUGUCUACAAAGCUGGGGAGAUCCCUCUGGGACCUGCCACUCUACUUAGGCUCCAUCCUGGUCCAGUUUGUAUGUGUGUAUAUGUGUUUUAAAGUGUGCCAGUCAUUUUGUUUUUCCCCACACCACUCACAAAUCUGCAGUAACACCACUGGUGACCCCACAAAGAAGCAAUGAAAGAUGGUUGGGCAAUGACUAUGAAAGGAAGAGGCAAAGGGGGGCUCUUGGUGUGCUGCUGACUGAGUGGCGGAAUAAGGGGCCAGACAUUCCCACAGGUCACCUACUAUGGGCCAAGGUGCUCUGUUAUCAAAAGAGAAACGUCUCCAUCCAAGAUCCAGAUGCCUAGGCAGCUUGUUGUCCCUUGACUUUACACCUUUCAGGAGCACUGUGUCUCCAUCCCAUCUCUGUCUCUGCCUCUCGAGGAGAGAGAGCAAGAUCGUGUCUGCCUUUCAAUGUGUCUGUCUUGGCCAAACCCAUGGGGUUGAUCCUUGCCUCCUUUGGUCUUGCUCAUUUUUCCAUUCCAUAAGUGCAGUUGAUGAAGUGGGGGAGGCCAUUGGAAUUGAAAAAACAGAGCACCUCUUUAUGGGGAGCAGAUAGACAGGGCUCCGCCUAAAGAGGUGGUCAUCCCACCUGUGUUGACUGUUCAGCAUUAUAACUGUUUACUCCUUUUAGAACUAAAAUAAAUUACCAGUAUUUGUGUAUGUUCUUUGUAAGUGGGUGUAGUACUGUGUACUUAGCACUAGUGUGAAAAGCACAAAAAAAAGCAAAGCAAGGCGUAUAGAGUGCCGGAGAUGAAGUAAGCUCUAAACUGUCCGAGACCGAGACAUCUUAACCCACCCGCUGUGACUCCUGCUGCCAGUAACCAAAAUUACUCCUCUCUUUUCUUCUUCUUCUUUUUGCUGUUGAUAUGUGGGGUUUUUUUUUUCUCCUUUGGUUUUGUUUUGGUGGUUGUGUGUUCCUCUUUAUUACAAUGCAGUUUAGGAACUAGCAGUUUGUGGGCAUAAAAGGAAGUACAGAAAAGGGAGACAACUGAGCAGUUGAAGCGAUGUCUUCCAAAUGCUCUACCACGGAUCUUCCACCCAGCCUUUAGUUCCAUGCUUCAUUUGAGGAGCUUUCAAGAUCCAGGGGGAAGGUUAUAAUGCAAAGCAGGUAGACCAUGGAGAGAUGUUGCAUUUCUCUUGCAGACAGUCCUUUUCAGGUCCUCUGUAUCUCAGAGGAUACUCACUUGAAUAGCUAGCUCAGUUUAAUAUUCUCUUUCCAGGAAGACACAACCAUGAAUGUGUCUUGAGACACAGGAGGAGCUUCCUCUUUUCAUCUCAAGAGAGCGAAAGAGCGGAAAUUGGGGCCACUGAGAAUGUUGCAAUCUUUUUUGAAAAGCCAGUUAGGAAGACAUCCAUUCUCCUGCUAUGAGAAAGCAGAGACAUAAAUAAGGAAUGAGUGCAUACAGUCCUGGGAACCUUGCAAGAUGUGGGCAUCUUCGUGGUGGCAUAUAGUCCUCCUGAUGUUGCAAAUACAAAUUAUUUCAUCCACAUCCUCCUGGCUAUUUCCUAGUACCGUCCUCCCAAAAUGUGAGGGAGGAAGUGCAGUUUUGGGACAGUACGUUGUCAGAGCCAAGUUACAUGUUACCUUAGGUGAAUAUCUCCUUCCAAAAAUGGCUUCCAGGUGUCCUUCCUUCCUAUGUUCAUGUCUGCAGUGUUUUGUCCAACAUAGCCAUGGGCACGCUGAGGGUCUUUACUCCCUCUCUGCAUUUGUGGCUGCCAAGAAAAGUAAAUCUUCAUGAUAUCCAGACAUUGAUCCACUCCAUAAGUGUUGCAAAUGGGGAGGAAGGAAGUAGACCCAUGGCUGCCAUUUUGAGCCACCACAUAGCUGACUCUUUUGGAUGCCACAGUGGUGUCUUUUACUCCUGAUGUUUACUCUGGCCAUUAGACAAGGCAUGAUUUUCCCAUCGACUGUUCUGUUACAUCCAAAUGCCACGCCACUACUCUUCCUUCUCUUAGUGACGGUAGAUAGGAAAAUAAGGAAGUUCAAUGGUACCAUUGCUUGGAAGAGAAUUCCAAGAGCUUUAGCUGGCCGUCGCCAGCCCAGAAUUGAGGAGGGGUGUUGAAGACCACCCUUUGUACAGACUCAUCAUGUGGCCCUGGUUUUGCAGGGAGGGAAAUGGGACCAGGGAGAGGAAUAUAUGAAGCAGUUGGGAUAUAUUUGUUGUGGAUCAAAAAUAUAUAUUAGGUGACUGUUUGUACAGAUUGCACCUUAAGUUUGUUUUCGGUUGUUUUGGAUUUUGUUUUGGGUUUUUUUUUUCCUUUCGCUUGCAAGAUAUUUUUGUAAUAAAAUGUUCAAAGUC